GCCGAUACGAGUGCUAAUCAGUUUGUGGUGAACGUCAACCACGUGAUGACCCCGAGUCGACUGCGUCUAUUGAUGUACAUAAUGUUACCUGAAUAUAUGCUGACCGCCCUGGGAGUCAAGCACCCGGUGCGGGACUCGGCCAAUGAGUACUUCAUUUCGAUGACCCGUCAUAUAAUUGCUGAGAGAAAGCGAAAUAAGAAUAAUAAUUACAACGAUUUCAUAGACUUAGCCAUAAAUGCGGACAAUAAUAACACAGAGGGUGACAGUCAGGGCAUUCGCGACCAUCAUAUAAGUGACAGCUUAAAUGGUGUUAAGAAAGGCAUCAAAAGAGGGGACAGUUAUAUGUCUGAAGACGAGGCGUUGGCCAACAGUUGGAUAUUUCUGAACACUGGGUGCAAAGGGUUGUCAAUAGCACUGGCAUUCCUGGCCUACGAGUUAGCCCUACAUCCCAAUCAUCAGCAAAGACUAUACGAAGAAGUGAAGGGCUGUGUCGGCACUGGAGAUAAGGAAAUAGACUUCGAGUCCAUAUCUCAGAUGCCUUUCCUCGAGGCCGUCAUCAAUGAGUCUCAACGCCUGCACACCAUUUCCAUA